AUGACACCCCCCGCUCCUCAGACGGCCGUUCCAGACACCCAGAAAUCUACAGCGUCUCUGCUGAUCGCUCGUCACCCCGGUCGCACGGUCUACGACAUCAAUCCAAUCAGGCGGGAAAUCAUCACACACCUCGAGCUGCCGGAUCUGGCGCGCUUCAUCAGGGUGGAGAAGGGGUGCUUCUGGGAUGUAGCAAGGGUGCUGUAUCACAGUAUGACGUAUGACCAGGCGGCAAAGGUGUCCAGUCCUGACGUUGCACGACAAGAGGCGUACCUCGGGGCUGUCAUUGACAUGGAUGCCCUGUCCAUGUCAAUCACUAAGAAGAAUACGUCCCACGUCGGCAAACGUCUUCCUAUCCGUACGCUGGGAUACGGUGACGUCGAGGUCAUCCAUUCGGUUGUCCCCGCCGUCCGCCAGCGAUACCCUUACUUGCGCACUAUCCGCUUCGGCACUCGGCCAUCCUCAAGCUCGAUACCAAGGGGGAGACCACGCUCAAACGCCCUAGACGAGCCGAAAGUCUCCUGCAUCAUCAACUUUCGGUCAGCCAAACGCCCAGAGGCUUCCGGCGAGCUUGGCGUCAUCGGGACGAUCGAAUUCUUCACCACAUGCAUCGCACAGCUCAACGAGGUGCCACCCACGCACAUACAGGCACCCACCUGUCCUCCAGGCACGUACGAACAGGGCACUGGCUUCUCCAAUCUCAAUACACGCCUGGAAGUCGUCUGCUCGGGGAUCACCCUCGACCACCUCACUCGUAUCUAUCAGCGCCAGAUGGAUGGCGGGUACGCGGAGCGACUCAAGUACAUCACCGCCACACCACUUGCUCGAUUCGACAUGGGUCAAUUUCGCACUUUCGCACGGACCGCUUCGGCCUCGCUUACCAGCCUUAUCCUGGCUCGGGGCGAUCGGGUCGCUUCCAAUUCCUCUUUGGUAGCUCGCAUUCGACUCGCGGAUCUCGCAAGCUUCUCGUUGAUUGUACGAGAGUACCUCCCCAAUCUCACCCAGCUCUACAUAGCCAUGUCGGACAUUGACGCGGCCGAGAGGCAUUGCGGACGCCUGCUGUAUCCUGGGGGCCUGUGCAUCGGGGGAUCCAUCAGCGAUCUCAUGAUUUAUGCGGCAGGACGAUCUUCCGACAAUCUCUACAAACUCAUUCGAGUCCUAUCGACCAUGUGUAAGGCAACGGCGGAGAUCGAUAUUCGUGGCCAGCACUGGACGACGGCGGAUCAGACUGCAUAUCUCCGGGUCCUUCGAGCUCAACCCCCGGCCCGUCGUAUCCACCUCGCCACUGUCGACUUCAAAACGCUGAGUAUCACCAAACCCGAUCAAGUCACCAGACUGACGUACUACGAUGACGGCCGACUCAAGUCUCUGCUGGACGGUUGGCGGGACUCGUCUACACUUGCCGUUCAACGGGCACCGGCGGCUGUCAAGACUCUACAGGCGGAACUGCGGCGAUGCGCCAGGGCGGCUCGGCGUCUUAGUGCGGUCGAACCGGGAGCGACCGCAGGAGACAAGGUGGCCGCGGCUGAAAAGUUGUUGGAUGCUGUGGAGGUGGCGAGGGCGGCUGCGGAGGCGGUAUUAGGGUGGUGUGACUACCAGGGGGAGGAUGAUGUUCUCGACUACAUUAUAGCACUGCAGGCAGACCUUGUAUAG